AUGUCUUCGUCUACGACCGACCCGGGGUCUCCGACGCCUUCUCCCUUCAACUACAUCCUCUCAUUCCUCCUUGUCGGCAUCUGCUGGGGCUUCACUACACCGUUCAUCCGCAAAGCCGCCGUCAACUACACCGCGCCGUCCCACCCUUCCAUCACUGACCCGAACCGAUCCUGGAUCUCGCGGCAGGUGGCCAAAGCCUUCUUCACCGUCUUGGGCCUCUUGAGAACCCCGACCUAUGCUGUUCCUUUGCUUCUGAAUCUGACCGGAAGUGUUUGGUUCUUCCUAUUGGUUGGCCAAGCCGAAUUGUCUCUAACAGUGCCCAUCACCAAUUCUCUGGCGUUUCUAUUCACCGUGUUGGGAGAAUGGUAUGCAGAGGGCAAACUCAUUUCGAGAGACACCUGGCUGGGGAUGGUCUUGGUAUGUGGCGGCAUCGGACUCUGUGUCUGGUCAAAGACUUGA